UGUGGUUGUGAUAACUAGUUGACGACCGAAAAUUAGGGGAUAUGACCCGGAAGUGGAAAUGGCGUUUACGUGGGCUAGUCCAAAAACUCGCUCGCCAAGCAGUUACGAACAACGCGUUGAGAAGUCAAACCUGUAAUCUUAUACUUUUUCUAGACUAUAUUGUUGUCAUCAUGCCCGUGUGGUGUUCUGUACCAUACUGUUCUAAUUACAAACAAGCGCAAAAAGAAGGAGUAAUCUUUCACAGUUUACCUACCGGAGAUAUACCCCGAUGCCGUAAAUGGCUCGCGGCUAUCAAGAAUAAUAUUUACAAUGUCAACACACCAGUGGCCAAGUAUCAAAACAUCCGCGUCUGUAGUCAACAUUUUCGGCCAGAAGAUUAUUUGAGGGAUUAUCAAUCUGAAUUGAUGGGGAAGCCAAAUCGACGGCAGCUAAAAAGGGACGCGAUACCAUCGGUGUUUUCCUUCACAACAAAACGGAAGACAUCCGAUCAACCAACACCAGUACAGAAGAAAAGAUCUCGAUUAGAGUAUCUGAAGAGUAUUGAAGCUCUCAUCACACCAGAGGUGGCUCCAAUAUUGCCUGGAAGGAAGAACAAAGGUGUUCUGACUCGUCCCCGUGUCCAGGAUUCUGGAACCAGCAUUGACAUUACACCUGAGAGUGCAGAUGUGUGUGUGAACAGAGUCUGUCUGCUGCAGCUCUUCCUGCUCUGCGAGAGGUGUGGCUGCAACUGUGAUGCCAGGAUCCAGGAUGAACUGGGUUGCUUCUCUGUCAUUCAGAAGUGCCCGUUCUGCAGUCACCACAGGAAAUGGAUGAGCCAGCCCUCUUUUGCCCAGGAAACCUGUGGAUUGAAGGAAGAGGCGAUUGGAGGGACAUGCUCCCAGCCAUGUGAAGACAGAGACCCAGACCUAGAGAACAUUUGCUUGACUAUGGAAAUCACUGAGGAGUUGUGUGAACAUGAUGCUCGGUCCUCGGACGAGGAGAGUGAGGAGGACGAAAAGCCCAAGAAGCGGAAUAAGCAGGAGAGAUCAGAUGAGACCGAGUGGGAGCCGUCUGACGAGGAAGACAUUGUAAUGGACUCUGAUUCCUCUGAGGAUUUGGAAACGGCAGGUUCCUCUGGUCUAACAGAAAAGGCCAACGUUGAUAAUUCUCAGAGCGGAAUAGAGAAAGAAGAGAGACUUGUGGAGUGGUGCACUGACUGUGGAGCCGAGCCUGUGCUCGCCUGCACCACACAGCGCCAUAAGAAGCUGUACGCCUGUGGUAUGUGUGUGAGUGAGGUCCAACAAGCUGUUGGAUUUGACCGAUUCUACAUGCAGUUCGAGGACCUCGCCAGCUUCAAGGAACAUGUACGACGUGAACACAACACAAAACCUCAUAGGUUGCUCUGUACAGACUGUGGCAUCUUUGCUCACAAGAAGGACCAUUGGUGUGAGCACAAGGUCAAGAAAUUCCACUGUGUAGACUGUGGUAAGCGCUGUAGGACUGAAACGGGUAUCAAGAUUCACAGGCACCUCCACCACCCUGACCAUGUUUUCCCCUGUAAGUUCUGCCUGCAGCCAUUCAAAACCAGGUCAGACAAACUGACACAUGAUGAAAGCCAUCAGGGUGAGAUCUCUCCCUACCAGUGCUCAGAAUGCUCCGAAACAUUUGAUGACCUAAUGGCAAGGAACAACCACCUACGAACCCACAGCAACCUGAAUAGAAACAUCUGCCACACUUGUUACAAAGAAUUUUCUAACAAAAACCAUCUGGAGAGGCACAUGAUUAUUCACACAAGGCAGAAGCCCCACAUGUGCCAGGUCUGCCAACAGUCCUUCAACCAAGCGAGCCACCUUAAGUCCCACAUGCGCCUCCACACAGGGGAGAGGCCCUUCAAGUGCCAUCAGUGUGAGAAGUGCUUCAAUCACAAUGUCAGUCUGAAGAACCACAUCCAACUCUAUCAUGGCCCUGAGGAGACUACCGCAGGCUGAGGGAGGGGAGACUACCGCAGGCUGAGGGAGGGGAGACUACCGCAGGCUGAGGGAGGGGAGACUACCGCAGGCUGAGGGAGGGGAGACUACCGCAGGCUGAGGGAGGGGAGACUACCGCAGGCUGAGGGAGGGGGGAGACUACCGCAG